AUGCCCUCCCUCAACCUGACCCCCCUGUCCUCCCUCCGCCUCUCAACCCACCACAUCCCCUCGCACUCCCUCAUCCCCAACACCCAACCCCACAACCACCCCCUCUACAUCUACCGCUCCGCAUUCCCCCCAUCAACCUCACCCUCAGCCCUCGAAUCACAUCUCCCAACCAACGGCAUCUCCCCCCAAUGGCGCUACACCAUGUACUCGACCACGCACUACCAUUCCACCACGCACGAAGUGCUCUGCGUGUACCAAGGCCGCGCCAAGCUGCUCUUCGGCGGGGAGCAGAACCCCGGGAAGGUCGAGGCUGAGGUGGGCGCGGGAGAUGCUAUUGUUGUGCCGGCAGGCGUGGGGCAUAGGUUGUUGCAGGAUUACGGCGAGGGAGGCGGGUUCCAGAUGGUGGGGAGUUAUCCGAAGGGAUGCAGCUGGGACAUGUGCUAUGGGAAGAGCGGGGAGGAGGCGAAGGCUGAGAAUGUGAAGAAUGUCAAAUGGUUCGAUAAGGAUCCGCUGUAUGGGGAUGACGGGCCGGUGCUUUGGAGUAAGGAGAAGCUUGAGGGGAAGGGGAAGAGCGAGUUGUGA